CUAUUAUAUCUAAUUAAUUUUUGCAUUGCAACUGACAGAAUCGUGAACCCAGGUAAGCGACGUAGGUCAUCGUAGUGGCACCCCUGUCAAAAUCCCCAGCUAGCAGAAGAGCCGCACCUUAAAUCGCGACCUAAGAACCAGCCAGCCUCGGCCAUCGUCAGGGUCCAUGAAUUAUUUGCACGCGCAAUGAAUCUCAACACCCUCACAUGCAGCCUACGGCGGUCCGUCCGGCCGAGGGCAAAAGUAUUAUGGACGAGUGACUGGGUGUGCAAGUCCUGCAGGACAAACAGCGGCGCUGCCGUCUGGCCGCGGUUCUCCAGCACGAAGACGCCUGUGGACAAGCCGUACUACAUUACCACCCCAAUAUUCUACGUCAAUGCCGCUCCCCAUGUAGGACAUUUAUACACCAUGGUCCUAACUGACAUCCUCAAGCGCUGGCAGGAGAUCAAAGGCCGGUCAGCAAUCCUCUGCACCGGCACCGACGAGCACGGGAUGAAGAUCCAACAAGCCGCCUCGAUCUCCGACGAAGACCCGAAAGAAUUCUGUGACCGCGUCUCGGAGACAUUCAAGCAGCUCGCCGCGCGCGCAGACCUCACCUACGACCACUUCAUCCGCACCACCGACCCGGACCACAAGGAAGCCGUCCAGCACUUCUGGCAGCUCCUCCAGGAACGGGGGUACAUCUACGAAAAAAAACAUGAGGGAUGGUACUCCGUCAGCGAUGAGACUUUCUACCCCUCCUCGGCCAUCGAGAAGCGCCUUGACCCCGCUACGGGACGCACCUUCAUGGCUGCCCAGGAGACGGGGAAGGAAGUAGAGUGGACCGCAGAAUCGAACUACCACUUCCGCCUCUCCGCCCUGAAGGAGCCCCUCCUCGCCUUCUACAAACAAAACCCCCACUUCGUCGUCCCCGCCACCCGCAUGCGCGACAUCGAGCGCUGGGUUUCCGAGGGGCUAGACGACCUCUCCAUCUCCCGCCCCAUCAACAGACUCACCUGGGGCAUCCGGGUCCCCCAGGACGACUCACAAACCAUCUACGUCUGGCUCGAUGCCCUGGUUAACUACAUCACCAAAGCCGGCUUCCCCAGCGCCUCCUUCUUCGACGGCGUCGCCGGCUGGCCCGCCGACGUCCACGUCAUCGGAAAGGACAUCAUGCGCUUCCACUGCAUCUACUGGCCUGCCUUCUUGCUCGCCUUGGACCUGCCCCCGCCAAAACAGGUGCUCACGCACGCUCACUGGACGCUGGGACAUAGCAAGAUGGCGAAGUCGACGGGGAAUGUGGUGAAUCCUUUCUUUGCGAUGGAUCGGUUCGGGGUGGAUGCUAUGCGCUUUUACCUCGCGCAUGAUGGGGGGAUUAGCGAUGACGCGGAUUAUGCGAAUGCGAAUAUUGUGGAGAGGUAUAAGAAGUGCUUGUCUGGGGGGCUGGGGAAUCUGCUGCAGAGGGUUACGGGCGCGAAGACAUGGUCUGUUGCCGCGGCGGUGGAGGCUGCGGCGGCGGGGGAGCUUGAGGGGAUGGAGAACCCGAUUGUGGGGUUGCAUGGGGUGGGAGAGGUGGUGGAUGGGCAUUUUGAGGAGUUGAAUCCGAGGGCGGGUUUACAUGAGAUUAUGCGCGUGAUUUACGAUACAAACAAAUACCUCCAAUCCACGGCCCCCUGGACCAUCGCCAAGCAAGGCACCCCAGAGAGCGAAACCGAAGUCCGGCGCAUCAUCUUCCACGCCUCGGAAGCGCUGCGCGUCUCGGCGAUACUGUUGCAGCCGUAUAUGCCGACGAAGGCGAGAGAGAUUCUAGAUGUGCUAGGGGUGGAGCAGGGGAGGAGAGGGUUCUUUGAUGCGGUUGUGGGGGGGGAUUUGGGGUAUGGGACAGCUAAGACGUGGGGGGAGGGAGGGGAGGUGGUGGUGGGGAAGAAGGGGAAGGGGGCGUAUGGGACGAUAUUUCCGCCUUUGGCUGUGGAGGAGUAGGCGGGGAGGGAGAGAUGGGAAGGCUGAUGGCUGAUGGCUGAUGGCUGAUGGCUGAUGGCUGAUGGGAAAGGUGAUGAGAGGGAGAGACGUGCAUGAUAUAUGGGUGAUGUGAUGCGGGUGAGGGCGGUGUGUACGAUUUAAGGCGGCGGUCGGAUGCGUGGUGUCAUGUAUAUUGCCUGCUGUGUCUCCAACUAUAAGAUAAGAGAGAGCGAUGACUGGGUGUAAAGUACUGUAUAGAUGGG